UUGCUUGACAGAUCCGUGUCUGGCAUAUCGCCCGUCUUCGCUAUGGAGCUCGGCGCUGGCCUUUGGCCGAAGGCCUCCAUUUUCCCGGCCACGCUCCCAACUCGUCCAACUCUGCAAAGGAGGCAUAAGCAGCAGACCCCGAUAUGGCACAUAUGGCCAGCCGCGUUGGCCACAUCGUUUGCAGCUGCUCCCGGCAGACGGAGGACUUUGAUGGCUAGAGCUGUGCAAUCGGACAAGGGUCCUGACAGUUUUAAGUUCUCAGAUGGUGAGGUGAUGAAAAGCCUGCCACAUUUUCUGGAAGUUGCGCGUGAGGUGGUUGAGGCCAUCCGCCAAUUUGCUGACCUUCAUCGCAGUGAUACCGUGGUGACCUGGAUCACCGGAAAACGGGUGCAAGUCUACCUCUCGGGUCCCAAGAGCCAGCCUUUCUUGCAGUACGCAGAGGAGCAUGAGCAUUCGGAGAUCCUUUUAACAUUCCUGGCCCAGCUCAAGUCGCAGCUGGCGUGUGUGGCCGAACUCAAUGGUGGUGAGGCCUCAGAGGACAUCGCAGCCUUAGUGGGCGCUGCCGAGAUGCAGGUGCCACAUACAGACCUUCUGCCGGGCCAAGUGCAGGUCAUCCUGGCUCUCACAGAGACGACCUCCACGUUGGUCUACGAUCCCACCUUGCCCACGCCCAGUCGCCAGGAGAUCGCCAAGAUCAUGGGAGUGAAUUCUAAAGAGCUCACGGAGGAAGGGCAGUUCGGACUCGUGUACCAGAGCUUCCCACUGGUGUUGCCUGUGAAGGACGUCUAUCAGAACAUGGUGGAGUCUUACAAUGGAACCUUCAAGAGUGGGGAUGCAGUGCAGAUCAAAGAUGGCAUUGUCCACGCAGGUCCUGGAGGUUCUGAUGAGAACUCUCAGAGUCCACGGGUGGUGAUCUUCAUGACCUACAGGACGUUUCGAGAGGAUCAUUAUGAAUUCACCUUUCAGGCCAAGCUUUGGGACUGGGCCUCCCACCCGGCCAUCCCGCCGAUGAUCGCCUACCAGCGCUUGCGGGAAGUGUAUGAGUUUGGCGUGAAGAACGGUAUGGAUAUCAAGCCUUGGACAUACUACCCGCCAGAGAGCCUGGAAGCCUGCCAGAUGUUGUGUACUACUCCGGGCCUUGACGAGACGACCGUGGAGCUGAUGGUGGAAGAGUGGCGGGAGAUGCUCUAUGACGAAAACGUCGAAAUCAUCAGCCAAGAUCAGGAGAAGAAUGAACUGCUUGAAUCUGCUUGACGCUUGAACCUCGACCCAAUAUCCUGAGUGGAUGCUUAUGGUAGGAAGAUGCACACCCCCAGUCAAUUGCCAGCCGACUGAGUGGCCAAAGACUGAAAUGGCAUGCGGACGUAAAUCAUUCCGGAGCGAGGGUGGAAUGGGAUCCUGGCUGCCGACCCAGGGACGGUCCAGACCAGGUGGGCGAGGCAAGCCACGUGGGCGGUUGCAGUUUGCCCAUGUUUGCCCAAUGGUCUUUUGGUACUUUGAGGACUAGGACGUCAUCAGUGCUACUACACCUGAGAACAAUUGUCCCAUUCCGUGUUGAUCGUCAAACCAUUGUAGGUUGCUUCUUGUCGAAGAUUCUCGGCACAGACCGCCACUCUUUGGUGACAACUGUUCACUUU